AUGCCAACCACCCCAAAGGAAGUGGACGCGGUUGUUGUCGGCGGAGGAUUUGGCGGUAUACGUCUCGUCAGCCUUCUCCAGGACAAGCUCCAUCUGCCGAAUGUUGUCGCGAUCGAGAAGGGCAGUGCGCUGGGAGGAACCUGGUACUGGAACCAGUAUCCCGGGGCCCAAACUGAUACUGAGAGUUGGGUCUAUCGCUUCUCCGACGACCGUGACCCGCCCAAAUGGAACACGCGAUAUCUCAAGGCCGAAGACCUCCAGGAGCAGAUCGUCGACACGGCCAAAAAGUCCGGUGUCUUGAAGAACUAUGUCUUCGAGAACGAAGUUGUCUCGGCCCAUUACGACGCGAAGAGCAAUCGUUGGCUUAUCGCCACAGACAAGGGCCUCCAAUUUUCUGCCACCUAUUUUCUCACCGCCCUUGGGAUUCUAACUAACCCCUACAUUCCGGAUUUCCCAGGACGGGACUCCUUCAAAGGUCUAUCUUUUCAUUCUGCUCGGUGGCCCAAGGGUCUCGACGUCACGGGAAAGCGUGUCGCGGUCAUCGGAACUGGACCAUCCGGAAGCCAGAUCACCGGGUCCAUCCAUCACCUCGUCAAUCAAAUCACGGUUUUUCAACAGCGGGCACAAUACAUCGUCCCCGUCAAUGAUCGACCAGUGACCGAGGAAGAAAAGAAGGAGAUUUACGAAAACUACGAUAAGAUCUGGGACACGGUGUUCAACUCGCUCUUCGCCAUGGGUUUCACGGAGAGCAAGAAGUCGGCGCUCGAGGUGUCGGAAGCAGAGAGGAGAGAAGUCUAUGAACGCAUCUGGAACAAAGGCGGCGGCUUCCGGUUCUUCUUCGAGACCUUCAACGACCUCGGGACCAACGUGGAGGCGAACGAGACGGCAGCGGCAUUUGUUCGCGAGAAGAUUGCCCAAAUCGUCAAGGAUCCUGAGACGGCAAAACUGCUCCAACCCAAGGGACACUAUGGUGGACGCCCACUUUGCACACAGGGGUAUUAUGAGGCCUUCAACGAGCCUAAUGUCUCUCUCGUGGACGUAGCCAACAACCCCAUCGCCAAGAUCACUCCAACGGGAUUGGAACUUCAGGACGGCAAGGCUUUUGACUUCGACAUCAUUGUGUAUGCCACGGGGUUCGACGGGGUCGAUGGCGCCUAUCAUAACAUUGACAUCACUGGACGUGGGGGACUCAAGCUGGCAGACGCGUGGAAGGGAGGGGCCAACGCCUUGUACGGCGUCAGCGUGGCCGAAUUUCCCAAUUUCUUCACCGUUACCGGGCCUGGCGGUCCGUUUGCAAACAUGCUCCCCUCGAUCGAGUUGCAAGGGGAUUUCAUCAUCAAGCUCAUCCAGGAGGCAAGAAACAGGGGCGACAAGACCGUCGAGGCCGACGCCAAAGCCCAGGCGGAGUGGGCUCAAGUCGUCCAGCAGAUCUCCAAGGCGACCGUCUUUGACAAGGUCAAGUCAUGGAUCCAGAACGACAACGUGCAGGGCAAGAAGAAAUACAGUGCCUUCUUCUUGGCUGGCCUGCAGAACUAUAUUGCCAAACUGGCCGAGGAGACCGAGACCAGGUAUCCAUCGUUUGUGUUUGCCAAGUGA